AAUCCGUGUAAGAUAGAGGGAAGCUUCACUACUUCAGCAGAAUUCAGAGGCACUCAUGACUGACUUCCUGUAACAUACAAUGCCUGCACUAAGUGGACCGGGUUAAGGCUGCUUGUUACCAGAAAAAGCAACAUCUUGUCAUGUGAUGUCACGUGUAGACCCUGCUGUCGUCACCGUGGGCCUUAUCAUCCGCGUCAACGAAAUGAAAGAUCCGUCCAUGCCUACAGUCUCAGGGUUCAUUCAAUCCGGAACCAACUCCCGUUUCUCUCGUUGCACUUCCAUGUGUCCUUCCCUGAACACAAUUCCGGCCCUUUUCUGUCUGCGAUUUUUAGCCAAGUUGAUAGUCGCUCUUUAGUUGGCUUGCUUUCCCUCGUCAUGAACAAUUACUCUUGAUUGUCCAAGACCCUGAAUUUCCCUUCCGCCUUCUGUAUGCGUCUGUACACUCCACGGAAUCACCGCCAUGAUCUCCAUAUCUUCGAUCUCUGUUGGCUCUAAUAUUUUCUUUUCUUUUGCCCUCCUGGCAAUCUCAAUCCUUGUCUUACUCCUUCUACGGCGUUUCCUGACCUUGCGAGCUACUCCAGCCUACCUCACGAUUCCCAUUUUUCUUGCGCUCGCCCUCCCCGCUAGCGUAGUGCUCCUGGUUCCGAUCGAUCUAGCGUCGAGCUCGCGUGAUGAUGGCGGACCUAGGGCUAUUUGGUUGCCUGACCGUUUGAUCCUGGUAUCCUGGCGCAUUGCCUACUGGUUAAUCUUUGUGCUAACCUGGGCUAUUCUACCAUUGCUUGGUGAAUAUGUCGACUCCGGCUACCGCGAGCCGAAAGGUCGCAUCGAAUACUCCCUCCGCUCCAACGCCCGAUAUCAACUUAUUGUGUUGUGCUGUGCGGUUGUGGGAUUGAUCUACAUAUCAAUUCAAAAUGGGUUCGAGUUUACGUCGAUAAAGGCACUGGUUAUGGCCCUCGCAUACGUAUGGGGUCUUGUCCUUGCGAUUUAUCUGAUGGGUCAUGGCCUUGUUUCUAUACCUCGUACUCUGUUCCGCAAUGCAAACGUGAGCGGUCGGCUGCGCAGAAUCCAAGCUCAUGCGCCCCGGUUGCACGACCGUCUGAUGGAUGCGAUCACCGACCUUGAGAGUCUCGAAUCACAAGUCUCUCAGUUACAGCGACGCAAGACUGGCAGUGCUCUGGAGUUCAAGGACUGGAUCGAAGACCUGGCUGAGACGUCUUAUUCCUCCGAGCAACGGACUGCACUUCUUGAACCUUCCGAUGUGUCAAGUACGAUCCCAUCAGUCAUUACAGAGCGUUAUAUGGCAGAUCUUACGAGACGGCUCCAGCGCGCUCGGCAUCUAAAGGCCCGCUUUAUCGACGAGUGGGAUCGUUUAGUACUGACCGCCGCCGAUUUGCAAGCCAUCAUCAACUCGUCUGCAUCGAAGAAGCUCGAGUUUGGUCACGCCCCCCACCGCGCAACGUUCUUUGCACGUCAGAAGAUUCUGAAUCCCUACAUGCGGCACCAUCUCUACGUCCACGUAAUCCCGAGCGUCCGGCUGCUUUUCGGCGUAAUUUUUGCGGCUGCAUCUGUGUGUGUUAUCUGGUCAGAACUGAUUAAGUCAUUGGCGCCCCGGUUGUCAGUUGUGACUCUCUCCAUAGUAUCCUAUCACAAAGACCCAGCACCCGUAGGGUUCGGAAGACAAGUGACCGCUUCUACCUGGUUGUUGUACAUGUGCUGGGCUGCAUUAGUUGGUGUCAACGAUGCUAAAGUAUGGGGCAAUCGCGCUCUGGUUCGCCGCAACACGUACGGCGAAAGCGCUUGCUGGUAUGCGGGGCUCGUUGCUAGGCUUACUGUGCCGAUCGCAUACAACUUUGUAACGUUCUUGCCGAUGAGUGCCAGGGAGAACACUACGUUUUACCGUUUUCUUGGGCGGUCCAUUGACUUGACACCGCUUGGAAAAGGGUUUGAUUAUUUCUUUCCUAUAUUCAUUCUCGCGCCGGUCUGUGCUACCCUUUUCAAUCUCUAUGGCCGGGUGAAGAAUAUCUGUGGAUUUGGCCUCUUGGAAGAGGAGGACGAAGAUUUGGAAAACAAUCCCAGUGGCUAUGGUCUAGGAGGCUGGCGCGAAGGUCGUGAUCUGAUCGAGCGGGAACUCACCGGCCUUGGGUCCCUAUCACUAUCUGCUCGUGAUCGAUCUCCUCAGCCUUCUAGCCGUGUUGAAGAAGGCACUAAUGCUUUUUCUUCGUCGCGGACCCCUCGGGGUGAGGCUACCCGACCUUCACGACCAUCCCGUGGAGCCGCCACCGCCUCCACUGUAGUGACGGAGGAAGAGGAUGACGAAAACUUUUUCCAAUCGUUUGCUCACCGGGUGAAAAACACGUUCGAAACUGCUAGUACACCUCAAUGGUUGCAGGGUGAUUCGUUCCGACUUCCACGGUGGAUGGGAAGCGAUGGCAACGAGGGCAAUAAUGGGCUCGCCAGAUGGUUUGGUGGUCGACCAGCGCCUGGUGGGGUGAGGCUGUGAAGACUCGCCAUAGUGGCUUAAGUUCCCAAUUUGCAUGACGAAGACGUUGGAAAUAGAUAUGACAGUUCUGUAUCAUAAGUUCAAAAUUUACGUAUAUAUACUCGAGUGCCUCCUUUGUAUUCUUUUUGAGGAGCUGACCCUGGGAACACCUCCGUUUGCAGAUGCUCC